GGUCAUAUUAUUCAGACAUGUAUCUCAUCAAAGAUAUCUUAUUCUUGUUUCCUACAUACAUCAUCGGCUUCAAAAAAUCAAUUCUGUUCAUCCUAGGGCUCAUAUGGAGCUUCAAGAUGGUGGAGAAGACAUUUCUCAACAUAUUAAUCACGCGUCUCACCGCAGAGAAUAAGUACGACCUUCGGAGUUCUGUGGUACUCGUGAAUUUGCUGGAACUAAUAUCCGUUGUUCUCGUAGUGAUCUCCACAUACGCAACCAAGAUUUGCAAGGGCCGCUUCUUGAUGGUGGUGUUCUCCACUACAGUAUUCAUCGUGGUUAGUGUUGGAAGACCGCUUGAUCAGGCUGAUUCCCAAGGCCAAGCACGCCCGCUUAAUCAGACUGAUUCCCCAGGUCAAUCACGCGACUUGAUCAAGCAGAAUUACCUGCUUGAUCAGGCUAAUUCCUCAGGUCAAGCGCGCGACUGGAUCAAGCAGGAUUGCCCGCUUGACCAAGCAGGUGUUCGCCUAACCAAACAGAAGUGUGGAGAGAAAAGAGAGAGCGCAUUGGCUGUGAGCAAGAAGGAGUGCACGAGAUCACAGACAGCUAAGGGAGUUGAGGACCACUUCUAUACGUACAAGGAUGUACUAAUGAACAAGAUUAAAGUAAAGGACAGUUAG